UUUGCACAUACAUUUUCUGUGUUACACGUUUCCGUGUUCCAUAUAAAUCAUAUACGUCAUUUCCUGUUCUUUGGCAUUUCGCAUUAGACAAAGUUUCGGUAUAACCAUCAGAAGUCCUUUUAUCAGAUUUUGUAAAAGAAUUCCUCGAUUACAGUGUUAAAUAGCAAUAGAUUCGCCAGAAAUGGCGUCGCGACGGUCAUCGUCGCCGUUGAUAAAGAAAAAUUGCGAUCUUGCGAUCUCAAGACUAUUGCUACCACUUCAGAAUUUGCAUUUGCGAAAUCACGAGCGAGCAGACUUUUCAUUUACUGAGCCAUACGAGAACAACGAGUCAUGGAGCCAUGUUGCUUCGGUGAUUACUCCUCCUUCAGAAAAUAUAGUCGUUUUGCCGAACGCUCCCUUAAAAAGACGCUACCGCUUUCCUAAAAAGAACUUAAGACCCCGAAAGCUUUCUUAUAGUGAAAAUCACCAAGACACAAUCGAUAGCUGGAUGGCGGAUCAAUGGAAGGAGAAAAUCCUGUUGCCGCAAGUGGUAUCAGGUAAAAAAGGAUCAGUACUGAGAAAUAAAUUGCCCGGGCCGAAUAACAAGGAAAAUCGAAAACGCACCGGAAGCAAACCGCGAAAUCUGCCAAAAGAGGACGACGAAAAAGGAAAAAUCGAUAACUUUGGGUCACCGAUCUUGAAAUCUAAGCAUUCGCUAUAAAGCUGCCACGCGCCCAAAAAUGUAUUGUGUAUAAUUAUAUCUGGUACGAG